AUGGUGGAACACAACCAAAGGCCAACAACGGGUCAAGAGAAAACAUGUUCCCCUAAGCGAGAGCCAAUUCCUCCUCAAUGGAGAGACCAUAAGAGAAAUCACUCUCCUCCACCAAGGUCCACCGACUACAAGAGUUAUAGCCAAGCAGUCCAAUCAAACCUCCCAAGAAGAAUAGAGAGAAGGAAUCCAAUGUGGAAUGAAGAAGAGAGAAGGAGAAAAGAUGACAGACACCCUCCAGUGAUACAGAGAAAUAGAUCGGAUGAAACGGAGGAAGAACCACAUAUAUCCAAACAAGAAUCCUCAUCGACAUUUUUUCGGAAGGACCCAGUAACAGAAAGACUGAAACAAACACGACAAAUCACAAUAUGGGAGUCUCCUGGCAAACGGCAGAGAUCGGCAACAAAAGAAAGAGAAACAGAAAAAGAAGAAGAGAGGCACAGAGAGAAGAGAGGAAAGAGGUAA